AUGCCAAAGAUUACCGCCUCGACCUUUUGCCCGUCUAGACCAGGCACUUUUGCAUACAAGGCCACCCCCAUUCCUUGGCCUAGCUCCGACUUGGCGGCGGUGGCUGUCCCGGCGAUGUGCGCUCUGUGUACGCAGGGACUUGGUAUACCGCUGCAUGCCGAAAAAUACCAAGCCGAUUUCACGCUUGGCAAAUUCUUCUUUCCCGUCUCUAAAUCCUGGUGGCAGAUCGAGGCUGUCGGCCGCCGCGGCUCACUGUCGCGUCGUUUCCUUUUGCCCAUCACUUGGCCCAAGAGAUUGGCAACUCAACAGGCCGUCAUACCUUUCAAAGGGUCGUCCACCCUAAUGUGUUGA